CUAUACCAGUUUGAAAACUCCCAUCAAUUGGGAAACGCCCUGCAGAGACUCCAUAAAUUACCAACUCGGUGCGCAUGCGUAUUUCCUGCUUCGUUUACGAAGUGUCUUUCUUUUUGCCAUGGCGAGGACGGACAGUUUAAGUAUAGGGACUUUUGUUCUGUUAUGUAUUUAUGUUACAUGUGCCAUCCGUAACUUAAAGGAGGGGCCUAUGAUAGGACCAGAUUCUAGACAGUACAAAACUGCGCCUUUGCCGAGAGAUAACCAUAAAGACGUGCCCACGAGCAAAGCUGCACCUGUGCAGGUAAUUUGCACUGAGCGGAGCAUGAUUGUGAUCAUUCGUGCUGAUCUUCACUCGAACGGGCGUCGGAUCACUGACAAAGAGCUGCAGCUCGGCCGCUCAACGGAGAGCUGCAAAGCGUCGAAGUACAGUGACACUGAAUAUGUGAUUCAAGCUGAUUUGCAUCAGUGUGGCUCUGAACUAAUGAUUGAGGGAGAUCAUCUGGUAUAUUUAAAUCAUCUGAUCUACACACCUAAGCAGAACAGUUACGGUAUUGCCAGGACAAGUGAUGCUGCAAUUCCUGUUGAAUGUCACUACAAAAGGACUCACUUUGUAAGCAGUAUUAACGUGAGACCAUCCGAGGCGCCAUUUACUACAAAAUCAGCUAUUGAAUUGAUCAGUUUUUCCUUUGAGCUUAUGAGGGAUGAUUGGAGGAGUAAAAGGUCUAACAGAGUGUACCACCAUGGCGAAAUUAUGAAUAUCCAGGCUUCUUUCGUGAUGGCAGAGCAUGCUCCGUUCAGAUUGAUAAUGGACAGUUGUGUGGCCACCCCGAAACCCGAUUCUGCAUCAGUGCCCAGCUACGCGUUCGUUCAGAAUCAUGGAUGUCUUGUUGGCUCGAAAUCGCCAGGUUCCAGUGCCCGAUUCAUGCCACGAAAACAAAACGACGUUCUUCAGAUGCAGAUGGAUGCUUUCCGUUUCAAUGAAGACCAUAGAAACUCUAUCUAUAUCACAUGCAAUCUGAAGAUUGUUGAUCUGAAGGUGAAUAAUCUGAACAAGGCCUGUACCUACUCUGGAAACAGGUGGUUGAGUGUGGAUGGUAAAGAUGAGGUUUGUAAAUGCUGUGAGACUGUUUGUCAUGAGAAACAAAUCACCAAGUGGAGUAGCGGAAGUAGACUGCCGAAUAGGUCUGUCAGUGGAGAUUCAGCAAAGUCUAAAACAAUGAUGCUUGGUCCCAUUAAAGUUCUUGGCUAAUUAUGUGCUUAAUCAUGGAAAAUAAAAAAAUACAUUUUUCAGAUAAUAUUGUUUCAUUGUUAUUUAGUAGUUUUGCUGUGGUUCUGCACAAGCAACACAAUAAAGAUAAU